AUGGAGGUAGUAGAGCUCUGCCCCAAUAAAAGGGCGUAUCGAGCCCUAGUCAGACCAACCACUUGCCCGUGCAAUAUUAAAUCUUUGAAACGGUACGUGCAACCAGCGAGAGAGAAAUCUUAUGCUCCAGAAAAAGUUUAUUGCCCCCCUACGAAACCUAUCGAUGCAAGCACAACAUAUCAUUUAUCAUACCUAAACGUUGAUAAAGCAGCAACGCGACAUGCGAAAACUCAAUCUUUCAAACCAGUGCACUCUCUUGACAGAGCUAUGGGAAAAAUAUCUGAUGAAACAACGAAUCGUCUAAGCUUUCGAGCUAACUGGGGUGUUACUAGAGCAAAGGCCUUUACCCCUUCCCGCAGAACCCAAAGCGGUCAAGGUCCGAUGCAAUGUGUAACAACUGCACGUCAUGAUUAUGUACCAAAAUAUGUACCAAGAAUGGAUUUAUUUGUGCCGUGCAAUAACAUUCGCACGAGUAGCGGCGUUUUGGAGGACAAAACUACUGCCGCGUUGUCAUACAUGAAUCCAGGCCCUGUAGAACCUGUGAUUAGUUAUAAACCUGAAGGGCGAUACUGCCCUCCAGAGAAGAGUAUAGAAAAAUACACAACACAAAAACUUAGCUAUCAACCAUUUCGAGUUCAAAGAAAAGAAAUUUAUCCAUGGAAACUGAAACAAGCAUACAAGUAUAAGUUUUUAGAUUAUUUUUAUUUUAUAGUGGAAAAAAUAUUAUACUAUUAUGAAUACCAAUCACAAAUAUUUUGCAAAAGACCACCAGAUGCAUCAAUGGAGGGUGCAACAACCUACUCAAAGAGUUAUUUACAAAAUGCAAACUUGGCUCGGGAACAACCGUUUAAACCUGCAAAUGAAUGCAUUAUAUUUCCUGGUGGUGCUCAAUUUGCAAGGAAAACAAUCUAUGGGGAAAGCUUUUUACCCUGCGAUAUCGAAAGACCAGCACCGAUUCGCCCUUGCAGUAAUAUUGCUAGGUCCGAUCAAAAAAUGUCUGGUGAUACUACUAAUAAGUUGAGCUACCAACCAGUAUCAGUGGAAAAAAGAGGCCUCAUAAUUCCGAGCCGCAGAAAUAUGAUGGGCGACGGGCCUAUGCAAUGCCUUACAACCAAUAGACACGACUUUGUACCAAAACUUGUUCCACGACCUGAUCUGGUUAUUCCUUGCAAUAAUAUUCGAUCAUCCGAUCAACCGCUCGAAGGUAGGACUACAGCAACUCUUUCAUACAUGAAUCCUGGACCUGUAGAACCAGUGACAAGUUAUAAACCAUUAUCACAAUAUUGCAAGCUAAUUAAAGUUAGUAUACAGUGUAGAAAUAGUGAUAUUAGUACCAGAAUUACUCAAAUUAAUUUACAUCCUUCCAUUGUCAGACCUGCGGCAAAGAUAGAUGGAGAAACUAUUAACAAACUAUCCUAUCAGCCAUGGAUUCCAAGACCUAAAAUGGAAUUGCCUUGGGCUCAAAAGACACAAUACAAACCGCCCACAGCUAAGAUGUGCGAUGAUACUGUGUAUCACCAGAGUUACCCUGCUCCAGGUUACUAUGUCGAAGACAGUAUUUCGGCCGAGUGUCCCUGUCCACCAGAAUCACAAGAAGAUUGUGACCUUGAUUAGUUAGCAUAUUCAAAAUAAUAAUAAUAAUAAUAACAUUAAUCCCGACAAAUGUAAAAAAAAACUUAAAAAUCUUAAUAAACUUUUGUAAG